UUGACCUCCCCCACCCGCCAUUAAAAUUCCAUUUCUAUUAAAUUCGUUGUUUUAAGUUGUCUGUUCGCGCUCCGCACAGUGACGGAUCGUCAGCACUUCGGUAUUUUUGGUGUUUUUUUCAUAAUUUGAAUUUUGGUAAUUUUUUUUAUGUUUUGGAUUUGAUGGUGUUUUAGUCUCUUUCUAAUCAGAGCUCCCCGAAUCUCGUGGUGCCUGCCUUUUUAAAUGAUUUUCGGAGUUACGGAUUCUUUAAGGUUUUCCUUUUUGUUUUGUUUGGGGUUGGUUUUUAAUUUUGGUUUCGUCAAUCGAUAGGUUUUUCUUUUUUUAAUUUUUAAUUUGUGUAAAUUUUGGUUGGUUUUAUAAUGCUAAUCAUUUGCCCUUUUUUGAUUUUGUUUUGACUAUACGCGUGUAAGCCGAGAAAGCCUGAUGGGCUCAAUUGAUGCAGUUGUCUGCCCUUUAAUGUAUAUUUUUUUGUUAGAUUUUUGUGAUUCUUCUUAAGGGGAGGUAGGUCUACGCUAGGGUUUGUUUCCCCCUGUUUUCUACUUUACUCUUUUCCUAUUUCCCACCCCUCAUCUGGGCGGCGGUUUCCGUGUACGGGGAGCUCUUGUGGUGGUUUUGUUUUGUGGAUUUCGCCGUGCUGUUCGCUGAUUUCCCCUGUUUCGCGCACCGCAAUCGUCGAGUCGUCGUCUUUCAUCAUAUGGUUGAUGGUGAUUGCUGUGAAAUUCUUAGCUGAUUUGGUGGGUUGAUGUGUGCGAAGACGGAAGGGAUGAGAUAGCACUCUGUGCUUCUCUUCACAAUGUCUCAUUCGCAAGGUUUCGUGAAGCAACACUGCACGCUCCUCGCAGUGUUAUGCGGGAAGUUUGUAGGUAGACAGAAGGCGGAGGCCAGGCGUAGGGCUUCUUAUCCCUUUCCAGAGCUUGUUUCUGCUGGCCGCCUGGAGGUUCAUACACUAACCAACCCUACCUUUGAUAACUUUCGAGCGACUCAGAGAGCUUUGGAACCCAGUAUAUUGUUCUUUCAAGGGGAGCAACUUGAAAAUGAGGAAGAGAUUGGCUCGAUUGUCUGGGAAACUACUGAUGUAUCAGAACCCCAGACCUUGAGCUCGCUUCUCUCUCCUCCAUUACCAAUCAUUGUUUAUUUGGAGGUCCCAAACAGUGAAAAGAUUGCCCAGGCUAUUCAUUCUAAGGGGGUUCCAUAUGUGAUAUAUUGGAAGAAUGCAUUUUCAUCUUACACCGCUUCCAACUUUCGCCAAGCACUACUAUCAGUUGUACAAAGUUCUUGUUGCCAUGCAUGGGAUGCUUUUCAACUUGCAAACGCUUCAUUUCGGCUUUACUGUGUUAGAAACAACUAUGUGUUACCUGAUAACAACCAAAAAAGCAGUAGUAAGCUCGGGCCUCGUCUUUUGGGGGAUGCUCCCAAGAUUGAUAUCGCACCUCCUGAGAGAGAAAUGAUUGAAGAUGAAAGCCCGACAGAUGAAUUUCCGCCCCUUAAAAUAUAUGAUGAACAUAUAGAUAUCAGGUUUCUCAUAUGUGGAGUGCCGUGUGCAUUGGAUGCAUUCUUUUUGGGUUCACUAGAAGAUGGCCUUAAUGCACUCCUAAAUAUUGAAAUUCGUGGGAGUAAACUUCACAAUCGAGUCAGCGCAACACCGCCUCCUCUCCAAGCUGGAACAUUUACUCGUGGGGUUGUGACAAUGCGUUGUGAUCUCACUACUUGUAGCUCUGCUCACAUCUCCCUUCUCGUGUCUGGUAGCGCACAGACUUGUUUUGACGAUCAGCUUCUGGAAAGUCACGUUAAGAAUGAACUCAUUGAAAAGAGUCAGCUAGUUCUUGCUCCGCCAAAUGAUGAUGAGGGCAAAGUAGCGUUACCUGAUUCUCUGAGUUUCGCUUGCGGGGCAUCUGUAUUUGAAGUUCACAUGAAGGUCCCAACAUGGGCUGCCCAGGUUCUAAGACAUCUCGCACCCGAGAUUUCCUAUCGUAGCCUCGUCUCUCUUGGAAUUGCUAGCAUUCAAGGGACUCCGGUGGCUUCCUUCGAGAAAGAAGAUGCGGAUCGUCUUCUUUUCUUCUGUUCAAGACAUGGGAAGGACACAUCCACUGAUGAUGUUUUUCUUAGCCAUAUGCCAAGAUGGUCUUCUUUUCUUAUCAGUGAGAGGUCCAACCACAACCCCGAAUCAAUGCCUAUCCACCCCAUAAAGUUGGUAGGCACAAAUGGAAUUAUCUAUAAGAAAUUUAAUCGGAAUCACAAUGAUAAAAGAUCAGCGGAGCGGAUCAAUAUGGCUGUAUCACAUCCAAAGAAGAGGAUGAAGUUCGCUGCGAUGAGACCGAUUCCUCAUCUAAGACAGCACAAGAUGCUUCCUUUUUCGGGAGUACCCGAGUCCGAAGCCUAUGACGGAACUCAUGCGAAGCCAAACUUAUCGAUCACCCCUUCUAUAAAGUCUAACGUUGUGCCUGCAGCUCCCUCAAGUCAGAGAAAAUUGAUGUCGAGUUCCGUCCAUACUCAGCUGAUAGUUCCUCUAAAUCCGCUCCCCAUGAAGAAGCAUGGUUGUAGUCGGGCUCCUAUCCAAGUUUGCCAUGAAGAAGAGUUCCUAAAGGAUGUGAUGCAGUUCUUGGUUCUUCGGGGGCACAGCCGACUCGUUCCCCAAGGUGGUUUGUCUGAGUUCCCUGAUGCUAUUCUUAAUGCGAAGCGGCUUGAUCUCUACAAUUUGUAUAGAGAGGUGGUGUCAAGAGGAGGUUUCUAUGUUGGGAAUGGCAUAAAUUGGAAAGGUCAGGUUUUCUCGAAGAUGCGCAACCACACAUUAACUAAUAGAAUGACAGGCGUUGGGAACACACUUAAAAGGCAUUACGAGACAUAUUUGUUGGAGUACGAAUUAGCACAUGAUGAUGUUGAUGGAGAAUGUUGCUUGUUGUGUCAUAGCAGUGCUCCUGGCGAUUGGGUUAACUGUGGACUAUGUGGUGAGUGGGCUCACUUUGGAUGUGAUAGACGGCAAGGUCUCGGUACUUUCAAGGAUUAUGCCAAAACUGAUGGUUUGGAAUACAUAUGUCCGCAUUGUAGUCUAACGAAUUACAGCAACAAGACUAAACCUCCAAAAAUUGCCAAUGGCUAUCCUAACGCAGCUGUGUCGCGGCAUGUGUAAUUUUUGUCUUAUCUUUUUUUUUUUUUAAUUUUAAUUUUCCUUUCGAUAAAAGCCCAAUAGUGAAUAUGUGGGCUGAUUUGUUAUAGUUGUUGUUCAGGUCUUUUUUAGUGUAGUUUUAAGCCGACAUUUCCAUGUACCUGCUAGUAAAU